CUCCAUUCCAUAUAUAAAGGGCUACAACAAUGGGAUUUCAGGACGGCGCCUUUGGCCUUCACAAAUCAGAGUGGAGGAAUCAGGAGUGGGGCUGUGAGACUUGUCCUCCUUUGCACCCCAGCAGGAUAUCAGUUCACCUGCAAAUUCAUCAUUAAGGGGAUGAACAACCAAUAUGUCCGUCGGGAAGUCUUCUGCUGUGAAACUUGUCGGGAGCUCAAAUCCUUUUGGGAAAAAGAAAUUAGCAAACAGACUUGUUACCGGGAACUGGAGGAAAAUCGUCAGGGAAGAAGCGCCCUGAGAAAGCUCAGAGAAGAAUGGAAGCGGAGGCUGGAGGAAAGGCUGCGGAUGUUGGACAACCCUGAGGAGAAGGAAAAGCAGGCGAACACUGUGGGCUAAGAGCCUCCUGCCUCAUCCACUUCAAAGACAACAAAACACCAAGGGCACUUUCCUAGGAAAAAAACUAACACCCAUGUUAUGUUGACUUACUAAGCAGGACACUCUAUUUGCUUUCCCAUUUGUAAAGGGAUUUACAUGUGAAACUUCCCCCCGUGCUAAUGGGACUUAUUAUCCAACUCAAUCCUCCCUGCACAGAGGACAGGAUGGCCGCCAAUGGGAUAUGAAGCUCGGGUUAUUUAAUAUAAAAAGCUCUUGGAAUUAGCACUCCCUGGUUUCAAAGAUCCAUGUAGUGUGAUUUAUUUCCACAUUUUCAUUUCAUUUUGAAAUCUGAAUGUUUUAUCUAAGCUUACCAAGGGCAACAACCUUCAUGGGAAUCUGGCUUCCCUUAGUCUUUCAGAAAAACAGAGUCAUACGAUUUUUUCUUCCUGUCCCUUCUUUGUUUGAAGACAGAAAUUCAACCACUUACAGAAAUGAAGCAAUUAUUAUAAAAAGAAUUUAUUAACAAUAUGGUUUGA